AUGUUCAAGACUUCUCAAUUAGCGAACGAAUUGAUAUAUCCGAGUAGCGAUAAACUGACGCCCAUACGGGACUACGAGAACGACUACUUCCACAAGGAUGACAAGAAACUACCCAGUUUCAAGCGAGUCCAGGCGAAUCCUGGUCGCGUGAAGCGUCCUGUGAGUUUGGACUUAUUUGGGCCCAGCGAGCGCCAUGUCAGUAAGAAAGUGGACUCUCCCUUGAACGUUGACUUGUUUGCAAACGUGGUGAACUUGAAUACCCCCACGGUGAACCGCGAAUCGUCCUCUGAGUUUAUCGGGUGUGUAAAGGGAUUGUACGAGGGGGAGAUUCGGUACGUUGAGUUGAUGAACGUUGCGAACUCCACGUAUCGACACCAUUUGGUGGCUGAUCCGUACCUUACGCGCGAGCUGUUGAAGCACCCUGACGAGGAGGAGUUGUUGCUGUUUGGGAACAUUGAUACAAUUGCAUCCAUCAGUGAGUUGUUCGUUCAGUCGCUGCGGAGGAAGUUGCUAUUGGUUGCGGGUGCGAACCCACACGGGGAGCUUGUCACUGCAGUGUGGCGCCAGUUGGACACCGCAGUGGUGCAAGAGGAGCUUGAUAUGGGCGACUUGUUUGAGCAGCAUUUCCACCGGGUCAAAACUGCGUACUUGAACUACCUUGUCACGCAGGAGCGCCAAUUGACGCUUCUGUCGCGGUUGAAGUCCCGAGGUGCAGCGUACACGCAAUGGAUGGAACGGUGCCAGGGCCACUUACCAUUGGAGGAGAUCCUGGUGCUACCCUCGAAACGUCUUGAGGAGUGGAUCGAGUGUAUGUCGCGGUUGGCCGGGAUCGGCGGCGCGGCGAGUAUUCAGAGGGCUCAAGUGCACUACACCAAAUUCCAAGAACAAGUUCAAGAGGAGACCGCAGAGUACAACUCUAACGGUGGAUACAAUUACAGUCUGACCCCGAUGGAGAUUAUCGAGAGUUACACGGACCCGAGGGAUCGGUUCCCGUCUCCGAGCUCAAGCGUCUAUUCGAACGGGACGGUUGCCAGGGACGACAACGAGUACACUCUCCAAGACCACGUCUCCCAGUUCGAGCGUCAAUUCAAGCGUCUCACGCAAUUGCGGCAACUGCUGAGCGAGUGGGAUAUGCACGGUUUACUGGACACGAACGUGCAGUUCAUACGGAGGUGGUUGCCUCUAGUGGACGAGCCCGUCGCGGAGGGGUACCUGUCCCGUGCCGUUGCCCAGCGGGUCCGUAUCACUGCGUUGCAACGGACUCACUUGGCGAACUCCGUGGUGUCUCCCUUGACGGCUCUCGUGAAGUUAAGCCAGCGAAUUCGACUCCGGUUACGCGAUCUGCGCGUACUGAGGCGGGACUAUGUCGUGUACUUACGAGAGAAGAAGACGAACGUGUACGACGUGCGGCGCGACGUCAUCGGCGCACACUACGAGCAAUUACAAGAGCAACUCACGCGGGACCUACCGCGGUUCCUCCAGACGCUGCGGCGCACCCUGGAUCUCAUCAUCAGGAACUUCGUCACGAUCCGCCUCGAGUUGUUCGAGCUGCUGAUCGACGGGGCCACCAAAGCCAAGACCGACCACCACCACACACACGACACACACGGUCAUGGGGACAUCGUCGCGCAGUUCUACACGCACCGACACCUGUGGAAGCGGUCCGCCCUGGCGGGGGACCCAUCACAGUCACCGUCAGCGCCCGGCGUGCCGCGCUCGAGAGUCGAACGCCGGCUUUUCUUUUGA